GUCCAUUCUCGUUGUUUCGUUUUUCGUUUUUCUGUAUCCUGCUGUUGAGCUUCAACCCACACCAGCGUUGGAUCAAACGCAACAAACGGUCCGUCCACAGCAGGUACGACCAAAGCAACGACCAAAGCACCGCUGGUUCGACCCACUGCCCGGCCAAUCGAUUCGAUAGACGCGACACGGAGCUUUCAGACGAUGCCAGUGGCUGCCAAGCAACRCCAGCUCCGGCACCGGAAGGGCCCGUACACGUGGGUCCUUGCCACGACGGCUGUUUGGUGGCUCCUCGCCGCCGCCGUUUCCGUGCCCUUGGGACGCUCCUCCUUGUUCGUUGCCGAGGGAUUCGCUCCGGCCCCAGGGGGAGCGGGCCGGGGAUCCUCCUUUCUCCCUAUUCGCAGCGGCCGCGAUCCCCGGCUCUUCUCGCAAGGCGAAAGCGAAAACGAAAACGCAACCAAAACCGAAAACGAUCCCCCCUCCKCCCUCUCGAAGGAGCUGCUGGAAACCGCCGCGGAGCUGAGGAGGGACGUCGCCGCCUACGAGGCCUCCAAGAGGGAGGCCUCCGAGGCCGCCGCCUCCGAGAAGGCCGCCAGGGAGGCCGCCGCCGAGGAGGAGAGGCUCCGCAUGUCCGCGGUGCUUCCCAUCCUCAAGGGGGACGGGACCGAGGUGAUGGAGCGGUGCUUUUUUUCGCGCAGGAUCGCAAGCAGCRGCUCCGGCAGCCGGAUCGUGGUGGCCACGGCCCCCCUCCCCCUGGGCAUCGUCCUGGGCCAGGAGGAGAGCAGCCCAAGGGCCGGUGGCUUUUGUCCCAUCACCGUCGACGGGGUCGCCGGGGGGAGCCACGGGGAGUCCGCCGGCGUGGAGGUGGGCGACCUCCUGCGGGCCUGUACGGCCUGCUCGGUGACGAUGGAGCAGCCCACCUGGCAGCUCCUGGCCGGGGGCAUCGGCCGGCCGGUCACCACCCGGAGGAUGGUCCCGACCGACAACCUGCCGCUCGAAGAAGCCCUGGAGUGCCUGGCCUCGAACGCGGCCGACGACCGGAACGAGGUCUGGCUGGUCCUGGAGCGGGGGCCGGGGGGAGGCGGUGGCGAAACCGAAACCGAAAGCGAAACCGAAGGCGGCCGAGACGACGGCAGCGACGAACCACAAUAGCACGAAUCCGUGACAACAAAACGAAACGAAAGGAAAGGAAAGGAAAGGAAAGGAAACAAACACAAACACAAACACAAACUGUUCCAACCGAACCAGAAAAGGCAGCAACGAACCCCAAUCCCAACGGUCUGGUUCCUCUUCUUGUUGUUCCUCUUUGGUGGGUUCUUCCUCCUCCUUCUUUGCGAUUGCUACAAGCUUUUCUUGGACUUCUUUGUAUGGGUUAACGAGUGUGAUUCCGCGGUUCUGUAGAUCAAUAGCAAGUGUUGCCAUGCUCUGUCGUCAGAGGGAGUUACAAGAGGAGGGAGGAGAACAAUGUUAUUGUUAGCAAAUUUUAAAGUUGAAAAAACAUUUGUCAAUCUA